AGAAAAAGACAAAAUCAGUGCGGCGAAUUUUCCAGCACCCAAUUGCUAAUUUGCAGUAAAGAUUGAAUUUUGAUAUUCAUCAGUAUCUAGAUUGCUUCGAUUUUACAAAUUACUACCAUUAAUUGGAAGUUGGAACCCUAGUUUUGAACUUUCCGUUUCCAAUUUCACAGAUUGAUCAAUUGUUGAACCCUAAUUCCGCACUCCGAUCCCUUCCUCCAUGGCCACAGACGCCUCUCCGAAAUUCCAGCAAGCGGAGCUGAUCCCCUUGCCACCGCAGCCCGAUUACAGCCCGGCAAUCGCCGCCGUGGAGCAUGACGGGCUCCGAUUCUGGCAGUACAUGAUCGCCGGCUCCGUCGCCGGCAUGGUGGAGCACAUGGCGAUGUUCCCCGUCGACACCAUCAAAACCCAAAUGCAAGCCCUAGGCUCCUGCCCCAUCCGGUCCGCCAGCGUCAAUCAAGCCGUGCAGUCGAUUCUGAAGGCCGACGGCGCCAGAGGCCUCUACCGCGGGAUCGGCGCCAUGGCGCUCGGCGCGGGGCCCGCGCACGCGGCCUACUUCUCCGUCUACGAGAUAUGCAAGAAGAGCUUCUCCGGCGGCGAUCCGGACAACCACGCGGCGCACGCGGCCGCGGGCAUAUGCGCCACCGUCGCCAGCGACGCGGUGCUCACGCCGAUGGAUAUGGUGAAGCAGAGGCUGCAGCUGGGCAGCAGUCCGUACAAGGGGGUUUUGGAUUGCGUCACGAGAGUGAUGAGGCAGGAUGGGUUUAGGGCGUUUUACGCCUCUUAUUGGACUACGGUGCUGAUGAAUGCGCCUUUCACGGCGGUGCAUUUCGCGGCGUAUGAGGCCGCGAAAAGGGGUUUGACGGAGGUCUCAAAUUCGCCGGAGAGUUUAAGUGAGGAAACGUUGGUGGUCCAUGCUACAGCUGGCGCGGCAGCUGGGGCAAUGGCUGCCGCCUUGACCACUCCCCUUGAUGUUGUCAAGACUCAAUUGCAGUGCCAGGGUGUCUGUGGAUGUGAUAGAUUUGCUAGUGGUUCAAUCGGGGAUGUUUUUCGAACAAUAAUAAAGAAAGAUGGAUACAGAGGUCUUAUGAGAGGAUGGAUGCCCAGAAUGCUCUUCCAUGCUCCAGCUGCUGCAAUUUGCUGGUCUACGUAUGAAGCAGCAAAAUCCUUCUUCCAAGAUUCAAACAAUGGCAACAACAUUAACAAUGUGACUUAGAAAGCAGAGGCAAUGCAGCUUUUCAGUUUGUUGUAUCAGAAGCAUACGAGCAUGCUCAAGCAAGCUAGUUGGAUAAGCACCUUAUGUCAGCGAUUUGAUUUAUACAGAAGCGAGGAGACAAGCCCUCAUACCGGAGCAUUUUACUCAUAUUUAGUAUAGAAGUUGUUAUCCGUUCCAAUAAUCUGGCGAAAGUAGGAUCAUUUUUACCCCAUUAUUUAUUUCGUUGAUUGUCACACGGACCUGUACUUUACGAAUAGCAGGGCCUUGUGGAGCUUAUGAUAUACCCAUGUACUCUAAUUGCACCAGAAAAUUUUGAUAUAGGUCACAAAAUGGAUCUUUGUUGCUUUGUUACUUGUCACUACACAUGUUGAAAUUGGAUAUUGGUUUUUUGAA